AGAACAGCCAGGAAAGAGAGAUGACAAAUUGUGAAUUUGAUAUCCGUCAUGGAUGGUGCAACAACGAUAUUGGUUCUAUUUCUUAUCUUCCUUCCAUUUUACACACAUGGCAUCAUGGACAACAGAGGAACAAAAUUUGUGAUUGGUUUUAUGGAGAAUUUCCAGGCAGCGCAUUUCAGCGAAAUUUUCAUCACUACAGCAAAGACCCAAUCUGUGUUCGUCAAUGUAACAAGUCCGCGUUGGCACAAUCCAAAAAUUGACAUUUCAUUUGAUGUCACUUCAGGUAUUGUCAAACAAGUUAACAUUUCUAGUUCGCUUAGAAUGAGUGGUACCUCUCUCAGUUCAAAAGGGUUGCUAAUUGAAGCAUCCAAUGAAAUUGUGGUAUAUGGCUUCAACAAAGAACCUUUUUCAAAUGACGCUUUCCUUGCAAUUCCAUGUGAUGCCAUUGGCACCGAGUACUUUGUUACGACAUACUUACCAUCCUUUUUCGAAUCAGAAAUCUUGAUUGUUGGUGUUUCAAAUGCAACAUCUCUAGGUAUCAAACUCAGCACAACCUUUGGGUCAGUAGUAACAUUUCAGGGUAGCAAUUUCAGUAAAAGUCAAUGGAUAAACAUUAGUAUCGACGCAUUUGACACUCUGCAAUUGCAGAGCACAGAUGAUAUCACGGGGACGUACGUUAUAGCAGACAAACCCGUGUCUGUCUUCAGUGGGAACGUAUUAACAGCAAUAAGCAAUGGCACAGCGGACCACAUUGCAGAACAACAUAUAUCUACUGAUAAAUGGGGAAAGACGUUUGCGACUGUUCCAAUACCGGGUCGCAUUGUUGGAGACUUUUUCAGAUUUGUGGCAUCAGAGCACGACACGAUAGUUCAAAUUCAGGGACUGGACAAUUCCACAGCAAGCACAGACACAUUUGUUCUUCAAGAACCCGGACAAUGGGCUCAGAGACAUUUCAGUUCUUCUUUCUAUGCAUUAAUUACGUCAGACAAACCAAUCUAUGUUGUUCAAUAUUCUCUAAGUCAAAUGAAUCGUAACAUGGCUGACCCCUCGAUGAUAAUAAUCCCACCCAUGGAACUGUUUUCUGCGAACUAUGUGUUCACGACACCAAAAAGCGCUACAGGCUCUUAUGACAGUUACUUUAUGUUUGUGGUCAAAAAAGUAGAUUUGGAUGGCCUGAGAAUUAAUGGUCUUCCUCUCAACACAUCUGAAGUUUAUGAGUUCCCGGGCGGGGAUUUUUUGGGAGGAUAUCUUUCGUUGGCUGAAGGUACCUACGACGUCCGCCAUAUUUCACCUAUCUGUGUGUUUGGAGGAGUUCUCUAUGGGAAAGGAUGGUUUGAGACGUAUGGGUUUCCAACUGGAAUGAGACUGACUUCCAUUAAUACACCCUGUAUAAUUGUCCCUUCCUCUCAUGGAGACGGACUGGACAACGACUGUGACCGAAAGAUCGACGAAGAAAUAGAUAACGGUCAAGAUGACGAUGGCGAUGGUUUGAUAGAUGAAGACUGUGCAGAGGCUUAUCAAGACAGGCCAUGUUUUGCAACACCAUGCUUCAAUGGGGGAACGUGCACCGAGAACGGGACUAACUAUGCGUGCACGUGUAUCAGUGGUUAUGACUCGGCGUCAGACUGUCGACUACAGAUCGACUAUUGCCGCAGGAAUCCCUGCCCCCAUACAAAGAUAUGCUCUCCUCACCUUGGGGGAUUCACAUGCAUCUGCAAAGCAGGCUUCACCGGGACUCACUGUUCUACAGAUAUUGAUGAAUGCGCUAGCUCUCCAUGCAUUCAUGGAAAAUGCACGGAUUACGUGAACGGGUAUAGCUGUCGGUGUAACAUGGGGUACUCUGGAAUCAACUGUGAAAUAGACACAAAUGAAUGUGCUAGUUCCCCUUGUAUCCAUGGUAACUGUACCGAUGACGUCAAUGGUUUUACUUGUUCCUGUGACAAUGGUUUCACUGGGAAAACAUGUUCCAUUUAUACUUCAAGCACAGACUGUUUGUCAUCCAGAUGUGAGCUGAUUCAGUGUUCCAUAUUUAAUUUUACUUCAGGCUGCUAUUAUGCUUUAAUCUCGUGUCUAAUCUCAGCUUUGGUUCUGGCGACAUUUUCCUUCUGCAUUAUUUUUUGUUAUGGCAUAAAAAAGAGAAAACGGAAGUCAGUGCCACCUCCAUUUCCAUUUGAGGACACUACCUUGGGAGAAACAAAGAAAAGAUUUAAUUUCCAUAUUGUCCAUCAACAUGAAAAUCUAUGA